CAAAGUUCAAUCUUUUUGACUUUUCUUUAGAAACUUUAAACAAAUUUUCUAUUUAUUUAAAACAAUGCAUUAGCGUCGAAUUAAAUUAUUUAUUUUAAGUUACUCGUUUCUCCAUUUCUUUUCGAGUCAAAAUGCAACGUUUUCGUACUUCGUCCAGAAAUUUUAGCGAAGCAAAAUUAGAUCAGCAGCCCAUUCUCGUACAGGCGAUCUUCUCGAGUGAGCUUGACUCCGUUCGGUCGGUGCUAGAAUGUCCGGUCGACGUGAAUUGCAAAGAUAAGGACAUGCGAACGCCCCUGCACGCCGCCGCCUUCGUGGGCGAUCCCGAGAUCGCCGAGCUGCUGAUCAAGAAUGGCGCUCGCGUCAACUGCAAGGAUUUCUGGUUUAAUACGCCGUUGCAUUUGGCCUGCUGCGGCGAUUCGCCGUUGAUGGUACAGCUCCUAAUCGAUCAGCAGGCUACCGUGUUCGCCAAGAACAGACACGGGCAGACUCCACUGCAUGUGGCGGUCGCCAGCAACUCGUACGAGUGCUGCGAAUGUCUCCUGAAUCAUACCGCCAGCGUGGCCGAUAUAAAUGCGGUCGAUCAAUUUGAACGUACCGCCAUGCAUAACGCGGCGAGGAAUGGCAAGCCCAAUAUUAUCGGAUUGCUUAUAACGAAAGGUUGCCUUGUGAACCCGUGUGACACAAGAUUUAAUCGACCACUCCAUUUCGCCGCUUGCACUGAUAAUCUGGACGCCGUUCAGCUUUUACUGCGUGCAGGAGGCGACAUUAACGCGAAGGAUCGCAACCAAUGUACGCCCUUGCACCUCGCGGCGGCUUGCGGCGUAGUCGGCACCUGCCGGCUGCUGAUAAGCGAGGGCGCGCAAGUGGACGCGAAGAACGCGUACGGCAACACGCCGUUGCACAUGGCCUGUCUGAACGGUCAUCCGGACAUUUGCGAGGUCUUGAUAUCGUGCGGCGCCAACAUCGAGGCAACCAAUCACCGCGGUCGGACGCCGCUGCACAUCGCGGCGGCGAGCUCGCAGGGCGUCGAUUGCCUCAACUACCUGGUCGAAAAACAGGUGAACAUCAACAUGCAGAGCUUCGACGGACGAACGCCGCUGCAUAUGACGGCGAUUCAUGGCCGCUUCACGCGGAGUAAAACCUUAAUUGACAAAGGGGCCAUCGUCGAUUGCGUCGACAAGAACGGCUGCACGCCGCUGCAUAUCGCCGCGCGGUACGGUCACGAUUUGCUCGCGAACACGUUACUAUCGUUCGGCGCCGAUCCACUUCGGAAAGGCUACGAAGGCCGAACGCCCUUGCAUAUGAGCUGCAUGUCGGGAUAUAUCGAGUGCUGUCGCAAACUGUUGCAGAUACAGGGCGUCGACUUGAACACGACCGACGAUUCGGGGAAAACCGCCCUGCAUUACGCCGCGUAUAUCGGAUCGCCGGAGUGUAUGGACUUACUUGUAAGUAACGGGGCCGCUUACAACAUAACGGACAAGGUCGGCCGAUUACCGUUGCACUAUGCGGCGGUUAAAGGUCACUACCAGUGCGUUUUUACGCUCGUCGGUUUAGGGAGCGCGGUAAAUUCGUGCGACGUUGAGGGAUGCAGCGCUCUGCACCUGGCGUCGGCCUAUGAUCUGUGGGGAGAAUGCGUUGAUUACCUACUGCAGCACAAGGCCGAUCCGAAACUACAAGAUCUGAAAGGUUUCACGCCGAUACACUACGCCGUCGCCGGCAAUAACUCGACCGCACUAAAGUCGCUGUUGGCCGCCGUUGGGAAUAACGUGGCGCUGUACGGACCUGGUGUUCCGCAGACCACGCCGUUGCACAUCGCCGCUCACAAGGGAAAUCACGACAUUCUGCAAUUGCUUUUGCCGUACUUUCACCACGUUAACAUCGUGACGGAGGACGGGCUGACGCCCCUGUUGCUUUCGUCUAGGUGGGGGCACACCAAUUGCAUUCAAAUGCUGCUGCGUUACGGCGCACAAGUCGCCAUGUGCGACGACAUACACAAAAUGAGCCCGAUACACUACAGCGCGCAAAAGCGCCAUCUACAUUCGCUCGCUUUACUUCUGGAUAACGCGGAGGACAAGAACGUGGCCGACUUACCCGAUCGUUUGCAGAGGACCGCGCUGAUGUUGGCCGUUUCUCAGGGUAACAACGUAUGCGCCAAAACGCUACUCAAGUGCAACGCCGAUCCGAACAAAGUCGACGUGGACAAACACUCGCCCUUGUUUCGGGCGGUCGGCAAUUUGAAAAAUAGAAGUAACGCCGUUCAGAUACUUAUAGCGCACGGCGCUAAGGUGAACUUAGUCGAUAUUCACGGUAAGACGGUCUUGCACCUCUCAGCGGCUUGCGGUAACCUGUUCGCCAUGAAGAUGAUUAUUAAACAGAUGAAAUUAUCCGAGGCGACUGCUUUGGAUAAUCAAGAUCUGACAGCACUGCAUUGGGCAUGUUACAAUGGCAAAUCAGCGUGUGUGGAAUUCCUGCUGGAAAACAAGCUCUAUGAGAAGAUAAUCGGAAAUCCAUUCUCACCGGUGCACUGCGCAGUGAUCGGUGGGGAAAAGUGCUUGAGAGCGCUGUGCGACCAUUACGGGCGCGACAUUGUCAAUUUAAAGGACGCCAACAAUCGAACGCCGCUGCAUAUCGCCGCUUUACACGGGAAGAUCGAAUGUGCCAAAUAUUUGCUGGAGAACGGCGCCGAGCUGGAUUGCAAGGAUUCAAACGGGCGGACGCCCCUGCUCGCGGCCGCCCAGAACGGGAAAACUCAGAUCUUAGAUAUUUUUCUAAAUUCCAAAUGUGAUAUUGCCGUGUGUGACAAUAACGGAAAUACCGCGUUGCACCUCGCGUGUUUAAAAAAACACAACCAUUCUGCCUUACUUCUUUUAAAACACAUCGACGAUGCCAACGUAGUGAACAUGGUGAAUAAUGAGAGGAAAACGCCUCUACACUUAGCCGCACGAAAUGGGCUUGUCAGCGCAACUAGACAUUUAAUCAAACAGGGUGCGUCAGUAUUAGCGUUAGAUAUCAACGGGAUGACUCCCGCUCUUUGCUGCGCUCCGAAUACCAGCGUGGCGCAGUGCUUAUCGAUCAUUCUCGCCAAUUACACGGAAUCUCCGCAGGAAUUUAAAGCCUCUACCGUUCUCAAUUCCGCAAUUCCCAAAAAGAAACAUCGCACGUCCCUCCACACGUACCCCAAGGAAUCGCAAACUCGCAUAUCCCUAAUUCAAAACCCCGACUAUUUCGAACGCAAAAAAUCGGCGCGUUCGCACGCCGUUAAGAGGUGGACAAAGAAGGGAUUAGUCGACUGCGAUUGCGUUUUGAUCGAGAAACAUAAGGAAGAGGGCGGUACUCGCGUUAACGAGGGAGAGUACUUGGGACACUCCCUGCACCGGUCUCAAUCUUGUAUGGCGAUCAACUGUCAAAAGAGUCGACCCGAUUUUGAUCUAGUUUCCCGGGCGGUAAAUAAAGUCUCCAAGCAACUGCUCGGAGGCAGUUCUUUGAGUCGCGAAGAUCUAUUUAAAAUUACUGCCCGAGUGAUUGCGAGGAUGGAAGGGCAAAGCUUGAUCGAGAUUAUGCUCGAUGAGGAAAAGGCCAAAAUUGAGCAGUUUGGGGCAGAAUCCAAGCUGAAAGUGAUCGAGACGAGCAACGACGAUGAUAUUGUCAAGGUCGAUCUGGUGCUACGCCAGGAGGAAAAUCAAAGCAGAGUUGCACUUGAGAAAAUUGAGUUGAGCGAAGAGGACAAAGGGAGGGGAGAUUCGCAGAGUGGAGGCGUAACGCACUUACGCGCGCAUCACGUGUUACCGCUGGCAAUUUUCCCUAACAACUCCCUGAACACGGAGACGCAAACUGCGGUGGUGGAAGAUCAUAUGACCAUCAACGGGACCAUUUCACUUGUGCCGUUUGCGGUGGUUGUCGAAGAAUUAAAACGCUCCCUGAUUAGUCUGGACGGCUCCAUUGAGGCCUGACGCUCCCGAAACCGCCUCCUGUACUAUUUCCAAAAAUUGUUUAAUAUAUU